AGCCUGCCUUGCCAGGGUCGGACUGAAGCUCAAGAAACGACAAGGAGAAGCGAACAUCUGGCCGCACAUCAUGAAAGGAAAUCGGGGCUUUUAGAGAGAAUAAAGACGACGAACUGGGCGGAAAUAAAUGUUAUGAAGGAAGAAUGGAGUUCCCAGACCAUAGCCGCCAGUUGCUGCAGUGUCUGAGUCAGCAGCGUCACCAAGGUUUCCUCUGUGACUGCACUGUUCUUGUCGGGGAGGCUCGAUUCAAAGCGCACAGAGCCGUGCUGGCCUCCUGCAGCAUGUACUUCCAUCUCUUCUACAGGGACCAGCUAGACAAAAGGGACGUUGUGCAUCUCAACAGUGACAUUGUGACAGCCCCUGCUUUCAGUCUGCUCCUUGAAUUUAUGUAUGAGGGGAAGUUGGAAUUCAGCACUCUGCCGGUGGAGGAUGUCCUGGCAGCAGCCAGUUACCUCCACAUGUAUGAUAUAGUGAAAGUGUGCAAAGGCAAGCUUAAGGAUAAGGAACUUUCCUCCCUGGAUGAGAAGAUGGGUGAGGGUUUGGGACUCAGCUGUCUGGACAGGGAAAAUUCCUCAGAUGGCGAGCUGCACAGUAAGCAGCUCAUCCGGCGACAGCCCCAGACACAGUCUCAGGGGCUUCACAGGGCCCCCCCGGCAGAAGAGUUUGACAUGGACAACAGCGAAGUCAGGCUGGCUGUCACAGAUUGUGAUAGGUCUACACGGAGCAGGCAGAAGGCAAACGGUCACUCUGGCAGGUCCCCGGACCUUGUAAGUGUCAAUUAUGUGUCAGCAGAGGCCGAGCCCUGCGUCCAAACAGCUGGAAAAACAAAAGCUGAUGUCAGUAGUUCCACCGUAUCGCUGUCCCAGAGGUCCCGGGCUUCAGAUGACAUGGACUGUGCACUGGAUUUGUCUUUCAAGCCUCUGUCUAGCAGAGAUCCCUUACACCCCUCCUACGUCUCGGGACAGCUGGCCCUCGACAGCCAGCAGCAGGGCAUUGAGCCACUUGUUAAAGACGAACACGACUUGCUGUCAGAGCAGGAGGACAGUGAGCCGACGAGCCCUGAGAGCCAGCGCUUUGGGAAUAGUGCCAGGAGCUCAGUGGUGACAGGGUUCGCUGCCCUCUUCCCAGGCAACAACGGCUCCACAGCCGCCCUGCUCUCCCAGGAGGAGGACCUGAUGGACGAGGAGGGGGAGGCCUGCAGAGGGAGGGAGGGCGCCCCAGGCAGGGAGUUAGAGGAGAGGAGGGGUAGGCUGCUGGGGGACAGCGAGGAGGAGGAGGACGACUUGGCCUCUUCAGACAUCUCCACCUCCAGCGGGGUGCUCCUGCCCCCGGGGCAACAGGUGUGUGUGUGCCCCCUCUGCAGUAAAGUCUUCCCCAGCCCCCAUGUGUUGCAACUGCACCUCAGCUCUCACUUCCGUGAGAAGGACGGCGCUCGCUCCAAGUUGUCCCCCGACGGCUCGGUCCCCACCUGCUUGCAGUGCAACAAGACCUUCUCCUGCAUGUAUACCCUUAAGCGCCACGAGCGCACACACUCUGGCGAGAAGCCAUACACCUGUGGUCAGUGUGGCAAGAGCUUCCAGUACUCCCAUAACUUGAGUCGGCACGCUGUAGUUCACACACGUGAGAAGCCUCACGCUUGUAAGUGGUGCGAACGGCGCUUCACCCAGUCUGGGGACCUCUACCGCCACAUCAGGAAGUUUCACUGUGGCCUUGUCAAGACUCUCGCCAUUGGAUAAAACACACCUCUCUCCAGUGCCAUGACAUAAGACAUAGUGUCUUUUCAUACACUGAAUACGAUUAUUGUACAAUUUUCCCAUUAGUACACACACGCUGGCAGUUUGUCGGAGACAUAUCUUUUGGAUUUUUACCCCAUGUGGCAUUUUUCAAGUUUGAAAAAAAAAAAGACAUGUAGCAACUUUAAAACUGGAGCUGUUUUCUGUGCUGGACUGUGUCAGAGGCGUAGGUGACGGUCAGAGGCAGACAGUCGAAGGUGCACAGGCUGUUAAGAAUAACAUGGGUGCUGUGAAAUUCAAGCUGGAACUGUGUGGGGGCGAAGGUGAACAAAUCAGAUGAUGCACUUGUAUGUUUCUGUCCUGUUUGUGUCAAUCUGUUGAGUUUAUUUGAGGAGUAUAUUUGCUGAAAGGAAAAGAAAAAAAGCAUCCUAUGUUCAUACCCUCUGGGUAAAUGCGUGAUGGCUAAUGCUUACAUAUGUUAAUACAAUCGUCAGAGUAGGUGAGACUUUGUGCACAUGGGAGAUCAGAACCGUCCGUGAGUAGCAAUAUAUAAUUUUUUUUUAACUCCUACAUUAUUAUUAUUAUUAUUUAUUAUUUGGGAUUUGUUUAGUCCUUAACAAGUAAACUAUCACAAGGCAGCAAAACUAAUGAAGUCUGACUACUGGAAGUAUCUUUUUUUUUUUUCAUGGAAGUAGAAUUUUUGUUUGGUUGAAAUGAAGUCGGUUACAGUUUUAUGUUGUUUAUAAGAAGAAGCAAGCAGGUCAUUAUAUCAACAUUUUUUUUUUUCAGCUUGCAGGAGAGUUACCAGCUCUUUAGUUGCUAAUGCGAGUGAGCACAUAUCGAUGAGACGGCCUUCUAACCGCAACUUAAAAAGAAGUUGUAUAAUCAGAGGAGGGAUGGAAAGUAGCGAAAAAGCUAAUGCCUGUAACACUGGUGCCUACUGAAGUUCUCAAACACUUCACCUAGUUACUAAAACAAGAAUGAGGUGUGUUACCAUGCCUACUUGUCAAAUUCAGUGAUCUUUUUUUUUUCUUUUUUAAAAAUCUGGAUUACACUCCAUAUACCAGGUAGUAACAAAGGUAAUUGUCUACUCUGGAAUGCCAGCUGACCCACGAGUGUCCUUUAGUUAAAUCAUUCACAAGAAUGUAAUAAAAGUAUGUAAAUCAAGCUCUUGUCAAUUAAACGUUUGUUGACUCAUUUGGGUUAAAAGCAAAUAGUUGCCAGUGAAUUACCUUGUUAUUUCCUGGUAUGGCUUAAAAGGCACACUGACGUGGUGUUUAAGGCGAACCCUCAGCAGGCAGGGAGGGGAAGGAGGAAGACAGGUGGACGUUCAGUGCUUUGUCUGUGACUGUUGUUAGCACCACUCAGCUGAAUCUGCUGACUUUUCUUUCUUUGAAUUAACCUUGUCACAUUAUUAUAUCUUCUUACUGUACGUGUGUAAGUUACUACUGAUGAAGCCGGAGCCUUUAGUGAUGCUGUCCUUGAAAGAAUCUCUGGGCAGGAUUUACUUCUGUCUGUUCACAUAGAUGUUAUAUGAAUUCUUAACAGGGGGUGUAGCACUAAAAGUUCGUGAUAUUUGUCUAAUCUGUCCUGAGAAGACUUGAUCAGAAUUUAUUUAUUAGUUUGACUUGGUUCAGGGUUUACUGUAGGUGUAGUUCUUAUUUCUAUAAGCUUGAAAGACGUUGCGUCUUGCCUAGCGAUUUUUUUUUUUUGGUACUCAUUAACUGGUAUUGGGGCUGUCUGUUCAUUUUUCUCUGUGCAAAUCAAGUUACUGUAAUUGUAUUUUAAUAUACUGUGUAGAAACCUCUAUGGAAUAUUCAAGAUUUGUCACAUGGAACAUAGAGAAGCACUUGUUUUUAGCAUGCAUAUAGUUUCAACACUAUUGUCUAGGCUGCUAUUUCUUACUAUUUGUAUAUUUAAUGUAAAUAUAUAUUCUAUUUAUCAAACUGUUUGUUUCUCCGUGUUACAACACACGUAAGGUCGAGAGAGUCAGGUGUCUUAUUAAGGCUGCAGUCUCUUAAAGUGUCACGUCUUCCCCAGGGAGUUUGGUUCUUUUUCCAUAUUCAAGGCUUGAUUGGACUCCGCCUCACUACAAAUCAGAGGAGCUAAUACCGCUCCAACUGCUGUUCUGCCACAGGAAACAGUUGUUCACAAGCACAGCCACACUGAUACGGCAUUGGCUACCUAUAGAAAUGAGACAAUACAGGCAUUGUUCCCCCCACCAAGUCCCAGGUAGUUCUCAAGGGAUCAUUGUGUAUCUCUCUCUCUCCUGGCUGUGGGGAGAAAAGCCAGCGCAAGUCUCUCUUUGCACUUUUCUGUAUUGAAUGGAGCCCUUGGAAUGUGAGAAAUGUUUUUAGCAAAGGGAGACCAAGGAGACUGUAAACAGGUGUAUUGUUUGGAGGCAUCAAAGAACAGCCCCCCUAUCCCAGCAUGCAGUAGAUAAACGCUUCAUUGUUCCUCUACAUGGAGGAGUACCACGGUGAUUUGAUUGCACAUCUAUCAAGAGAAUAUCAGAAUUAACAGAGUAUUGUUUUUUUUCCCCAAGUGCUAGAUUUUAGGAAAAAAAAAGUGAUGAGAUUGACAUGAAAUAUCUGGCAACUGUGGCCACAGAGGUCAGAUGGAGGUGCUUCACUACCUGUCCAUUUCAGCACAGACACCCAAAGGUGUUUUUCUUUUGUCCUUAAUGUUAAUCAGCAAGACUUCUUUCAGGACACAAAAAUGAAUUCACAUGUGAUUUCUCAGCAUUUGCAAUGAUUUGUCAGCAUUUUAAGUGGAGUCAAAAGGGAAUCAAACCAUUUCCCCUUUUUCAUUCUAAUCCCCAAACUUGCAGUCAGCAAUGGAGCUUGAAUGAAUGGGUCUUGCUUGUAAUCGUACAAGAGAUGUGGUUUGGCUCCCUGUUAACUUGCACAAACUCUCCUGUUGUUCACAUGACAGGUUAAUCACUUUGGUUAGUCCUCAGAACAAUAAGAUAUAUUUCAGAUACAUAGGUGUUUCGUAGUGUUAAUAAUGUAUAUUUCAAUCCGAACCCACAGGAAUGUAGAUUUUGUCACUGUUUCAGGUGUUUUUUUUGUUUUGUUUUUUUUUUGUUUUGUUUUUUUAAAGAAACAUUUCUUAUGUGGUGCAAGUUAAAAUCGCUUGAUUCUCUAAUGUACAUGUGUACAGAGGUAGACAAACAGACAAACUAAUGAUAUGUAAAGAAUUUUUCUUUCUUUUUAUUGUUUGCAGUCUUUAUUUAUACCUCCAGGAUCAUCACCGAUUGUGCCUUGUAGACACACGAAUAGGUGUUGCAUCUGGAGAAGGCCUUUUUUCUAUAUUGUACAUUUUUGCCCUUGACUGCGGUGGUAAAGUUCACAUCAUAGCGACAGUGGCCCACUGUCGCUAAAACGAUUCACAGCUGUUGUUCCUGUUUUUCUAUCAUAUCAAAAAUGUCAAACCAGACAAACUGACAGUUUGAAGUACUAGUACUUCUAGUGAAGUACUAGUUUUUUUUUUUUGUUGUUUUUUUUUUUUGCUGAGCAGGAUUACAUUGGCGUUUGGAGAUUUAUUCGACCAUUUUUGUUUAUGACUAAAUCUGUUUUUGGAUGUAUUAAACUGAAGACAAGCAUUUUUUUUGUGUUUUGGCUUUUAGUCGCCAGUGCUACUGGGAACUAACAGUCUGUUCCUCAGUUAAUGUCACUGUUGAAUGUGAAACACUGAGAUUUUGAUUGUUGACAGAGCUACUCUUGACCGAGGGCUAUGUUUGCCUAACUCAUGCUGUAUGAUCUUUUAAGUCUAAAAAUGACUUUACUGAUACUGGAAUUUUGUCCUCUGCAGGUUACAACUGUGAAAUUGUGUAUAAUCAUGAGAAAUAUUUAUUAUUGUUGCAUUUGCUUCUUGUGCAGCAUUUGACUGUCUCCGUUUUAAUUUGGUUAAAAAAAAAAAAGAAAAAAGAAAAAAGCUUCUAAAUGUCAAACGAAAAUCUUUUUAAUAGAAUUUGUA